GACAAAUUGAUAAUGGCUAAAGAGAAGAAACAUGCCCGCAUGUGCACUGGUGGGAAACCACCCAUUGCUCAAUUGCAAAAGGCGGGUGAAGAAUGGGCCAAGAAGAACCAACAGGAGGAAGAGGCCAAGAAGAAACCACAGGAGAGCAGCUCUGCCGCUUCCUCAGGGAGUACAUCUCGCGGCCCUGCUGAACCCAUGAACGAUUCUGAUUCAGACAGGUUAGAGGAAAUAUCCAAAGAAGAGUUUGAGAAAAAGAUGGCCAAAAGUCUCCCCAAGUCUUAAAAAUGUAGAUGUUAUCCCUCUUAUUUGACCCCGCCGCAUUUACCUUCCCUGUUAUAUACACGAUCUCAUCUGUUGCAUCAAUUCAAAAUUCAAA